ACACAUUUACGACAGCGCGAGAUUUGAAGAAAAGCUUCUGCAGAUAAAAUUAAAAAACUUUUAGAGAAUCUCUUUUGUUAUUGUUAAUGUCAAGUGAACAUUUGUAGGAAAGAAAUUUCAAAGUAUUAAACAACUAUUGUAUUUUUCAUUAUUCACGGUGAUGACUUGCUUACAUAAAAUGUUUUGGGGUAACAUGCCCAAUUGUUGAACUUGUUUAUUUUUGAUAAUUUCUGUCCUCAGAAAUUUUUAUCUGAUUUUUAAGAUGUCAUCUUCUGUUCUUGGAAGUUCGACUAGCAUGGCUGAUAAUAUUUACCAUGUUGAAAUUUGCCGUGAUCCACACAGUACAGCCAGAAAUGAAGAGAUACUAGCACAUGUGGAUAUCUUUUUCCGUGGAAGAGUUCUUACCACUAGAGAUUUGCACAUCACCGAGUUUGAUGACAAGUUCCUGCAGCAGCAUGUGUCCAAAAUAGAAGUUUCUGACAUCAAAUUAUCACAACAAGAAACCAUCUGUACGGCAGACUGCAUAUUCCGGUACCACAUAUACCAGCUGCAUGAAGACGGGCCUGGUACCGAGGAGCUUGAUGACGAGGAUCUAGCGGCCGCCAAUCACUGGAUUCUGCCCUCACGAGAAUUUCACGGCCUUUGGGAGAGUCUUGUUUUUGAUGAAGACAUAAAAACAAAAUUACUCAGUUAUGCUUCAACCACUCUGCUGUUCACAGACAAACAGGUGGACAGUAACAUCAUAUCAUGGAAUAAAGUGGUCUUGCUGCAUGGCCCCCCUGGUACAGGCAAGACCUCCCUAUGUAAGGCUCUGGCCCAGAAACUCUGUAUACGACUGUCAGGCAGGUUUACCUACGGGCAGCUGGUGGAGAUCAACAGCCACAGUCUGUUCUCAAAAUGGUUUUCAGAGAGUGGCAAGCUGGUGAUGAAGAUGUUCCAGAAGAUACAGGAGCUAAUUGACGAACCACAGGCCCUCGUCUGUGUUCUCAUUGACGAGGUGGAGAGUUUAACGGCGGCCCGUAAGAGCGCAAUGUCUGGGAGUGAACCAUCGGACGCCAUCAGAGUUGUGAACGCCGUACUCACCCAGAUAGACCAGAUAAAAAAGUACCCAAACGUUAUUAUACUGACUACUUCUAAUGUGACGGGGGCCAUAGACUUGGCGUUUGUGGAUCGGGCAGAUAUCAAGCAGUACAUUGGGCCACCCUCCCCCUCGGCAAUCUACUCAAUAUACAAGUCCUGCAUUGUGGAACUUGUAAAGAGGGGCAUACUGACCUCAGGACAAACUGUUCUUGAUUGGCGGUCGCUGGAGUUCAUGAGAUUUGUAGAGAACACCUUCAACAGAGAUAGCCUGCAGCUGAAGGAAAUUUCAGAGAAAAGUCAUGGAUUGAGCGGUCGUACGUUGAGAAAACUUCCAUUUAUAGCACAUGCAAUGUUUAUACAGAAAUCUCAGGCUUCUCUGCAAGAGUUUCUCAUUGCCCUUGACAAGGCAGUGCAACAGCAGUUCAAAGAACGCACAGACCUGGCAAGAGAUUAACAAUAAGAGGGAGGUAUCUUCCAUUGAUUGAUCAGAAAAGCAAGAUUACCUCCCUUUAAAUACUGGAUUCAAGGCACUAAUUCACUCACCUUUUCAUUGUGCUGAAUUUCCAUUUGCGUCUCAAAUUUUACUGACAAAUCCUUUUCUUCGACUCUUUAAAUUCAAAUAUUAACCAUUUUUCUAUGCAGUUUAUAGUAUAUACUUUGUCUGCGCAAUUUUCAAAAUUGAGCUAUAAAAGAUUACUUUGUUUAAAUAUGAUGUCAAACUUAAAUGUUUUGUUGUUAUCUGUUGUUUGCAAUUGCUGCCCAGGGUUAGUGGAUUUUUUUAUUGUUAUUAUUAUGAUGACAAUUUGGAUUGUUUAAAUGUGAUAUAUGGCCAUAAUAUUCAUAUUUUCUCUCUCUCUUCAUAAAAAAUAUAUUUACAUACAUGCAUACAUUAGCCCAUUACAACUGAUUUGCAUUUAAUAUAAAUGGGCCGUACUCUGUGAAAAAGGGGUUUAAUGCAUAGGCGAAAAGUAUCUUCACAGAUUACCCUGUGCAGACCGCACAGGCUAAUUAGGGACGACACUGUCUGCUUUUAUGAUAUUUAUCGUUUCAAGAAAGUCUCUUCUUAGCAAAAACCAAGUUUAGGCUGAAAGUGUCGUCCCUGAUUAGCCUGUGUGGAAAGCACAGGCUAAUCUGGGACGACACUUUAGGCACAUGCAUUGAACCGCCUUUUCAAUAUUGUUAUAAGGUUACUCACUAUUUUUGUCAAUUUCACUUCAUUAAACAUAUCUGUGAAGUUCAUUACAUAUGUAAUAUGCGAGAUAUGUGUUGCUAAUUAUCUCCCUGCGAAAAAACAACAACAUGACAUUUCUUCUAUAGGAAUUCUUUGCUUGUGAGAUCUCAAAGUGUGUGUGUAAAUAAUGCAGUUUAAUGAAUUGAUUAUCAUGGUGUUUAUGUUUUUGUUGAAAUAAAACGGCAUGUCGAUUAA